AUGGCCCAUUCCGGCUCUGCCAACCAGUUUAUCAGUCAUGCUUCACAACUCAAGAACACCCACAUGAAAGAAAUGCGUCGUAGAAAGAGAGACUUGUUGCGUAGAAUCAACUACUCCUAUACUUUCACGGUAGCAGUUCUACCAUUGCUAGCAUUCAUAUACUUGUUGCGCACUGGUGAGAGCUUCAUUCCUCAGAACAACGACACCUUGGUGUUCUGCUGCAUUUACUACAACUUGACCAUGUUGGCAUUCACAGCAGGCUACCAUAAGUACUUUACCCAUAACUCCUUUAAAGUCCGCUACAACUGGGUCAAGUACUUCUUCGCCAUAUUCGGCUCCUCCGUAGGCUUGGGACCCAUAAGAUGGUGGGCUUCAUUGCAUAGGGCACAUCACCACUUUACGGAUGAUACUGAAAAGGACCCAUAUCUGAUCAAGCGGGGCUUUGUGUGGGCUCAUUGGGGGUGGUUGAUCCGAAAACCCAAGAUCACCAGCUUCUACAAUGAGUUCAUGGAACAGGAAUUCCCCAAGAAUCCGGAAGUGAAUGCAAUAGUAAACGAGGUAAACGUAGAUCAGGAUGAUCAGGACUACAGCGAGUACACCCUGGACGAUUUUGCCCGCAACAGCAAUUACGACGAGCCGCUUCAGCAGUUGCUAGCGUGGCAGGAAAGACACUACUUUGUACUUUUCAUAUUGACAUCAUUUGUAGUACCCGUCUUGGUGACUGUGUUCUUCUGUAGCGAUACUGUAGUACACGGUAUCAUCUAUCCAGGCUUAUUGCGGUUGUUCUGGUGCCAACAGUCACUUCUCUCUACGGAGUCGGUGUGCCACUUGAAAAGUGUUCAGGUAACCAUUCCUACCCAGCCCUUCAACGACAAGAAUUCGUCCCAAAACUGCAACAACCCGUUAGUUUCGUUCCUCACAUAUGGCCAGGCUCAUCAGAACUACCACCACGAGUUUCCACACGACUACAGAGGUACCUCGUCAUUCUUUGCAUAUGAUCCUACCAAGUGGUUUAUCUGGACUAUCGAUAAAUUGGGCCUAGUGGAAGAAUUGUGUAGAACGCCGGAAAACUUGAUUAUACAGCUCAGAAUCCAGCAACAGCAACAGGUAAUCAACCGGAUGAAGUCGCAACUAAACUGGGGUACACCCAUCUCUAAGCUCCCACUUAUUACGCCUAAUGACUUCAAGCGUAUCAUAGCUUCUUCUUCAAACAAGGACCGCAUCUAUAUAGUAAUCCAAAACAUCAUCCACGAUAUCACACCGUUCAUGGACCAGCAUCCCGGAGGAGUCCCGCUUCUUAAAGCUUCUCACGGUAAAGAUGCCACCAAAGCAUUCUACGGAGGUGUAUAUGGCCAUCUGACAGCAGCAGUCAAUCUCUUGGCCACUAUGCGAAUCGGCAUGUUGGAUGUAGGAAAUAACGAAGAAGUGUGGAGAAGAGUAGCAAGAGAAGAAGGAGAGGUGGAAAAGUCUGACGAAGCUAACCACCACAGCAACAGUAAGCUGUAUCGAACCGCAGAAGCUGCCUGA